AUGGCAGGCUCUAAUAUCCCCUUCACUCAAAUCAACUUGCAUCACAGCAAAAGCGCCUCGGCGGUUCUAGCCAGGUGCGCAGCUGUGAUGCACACAAAGCAUUUAUUCCUCAUCCAAGAGCCGUGGCUCGUCAAGGGACACAUUAAGGGCCUUGGAGGUUGUGGUAAAUUGUUCAAAGCAGACAACGCAAAAAGACCAAGAGCCUGUAUUGUGGCGAAAGGUCUGGAUGCCUGUCUAUUACCACAAUUCAGCGACGGCGAUUUAGUAGCUGUAAGGCUGAAACUCAAUACAGACGAUGGAGGGGUCAGGGACCUGAUAGUGGGGUCUGUUUACAUGCCCUACGAUUCGGAGGAACUACCCCCCCAAAGAAACAUGAUAGAACUAGUAACUUAUGCGAAGGAAAGGGGACUAGAGCUCCUCUUGGGCUGUGAUGCGAACUCACACCAUUUGGUGUGGGGAAGCUCCGACAUAAACCCAAGAGAGGAGAGCCUACUUGACUUCAUCAUGAGCACUAACUUACAAAUCCUAAAUAGAGGAACAGAACCCACUUUCCUGGACUCUAGAAGACAGGAAGUGAUAGACAUUACGUUGUGCACGAGGGGUGUGGUGGAUCUGGUGGCGGGAUGGAGGGUCUCAAAUGAACCUUCAGGGUCCGACCACAGACAGAUCCGCUUCGACCUUGUGAACUUUCAGAAAGAUGAACAGUAG